UUUGGUCUCCCUGAAGCGCCCCCAUCCCCGGGCCUCCAGCCUCCGGUUUCCAGCGCUGCCCACGAUUGAGCCCUGCGUCCUCGGCUCGGCCUCGGGAAACUCGCGCGGCCCUGGCUGACGCGGCUCCUGUUCGGCCUACAGCCUCACGGUCCCCGAUCCUCGCCCCUCCGCGGAGACGCGGUUUCGUCUCCCUGGAGGCCGGGGGCGAAGUACUUGUUAAGCCGCCUCACCUUUUUUCCGUUCUACCCGUGAAAUGGUUUUCGUUAUGUAGAGAUGGAAGAGCGUCUGCCCUCCUCCGCCCUCGGCAGAAAGCACAGGAAAAAAGGAAGAGCGAGAUUACAAAACUGAGAAAGGACUUUCAAAUGCCUUGGGAACAGGAAUCAGAACUUACAAAGAGGGAUAAAGCUGCCAGAGUCAUUCAGAGGGCCUGGAAACGUUUUCUUAAUGUCACUGUCUUCCAACACUUUAAAAGACUGAUUGAUCUAAGAAGACGAGGAGAGCCACGUCAGAUAGUGAGAUACAUCAAUCCUAAAGAGGCAGAGCUGCUAGAUGCUGCUGCGGGCAUUCAUGUACGAUUCAGAUUAGGUGGUGUUAAAUUUCCACCUGAUAUAUACUAUAAAAUUUUCACUCAUAGACCUAUUGAAGAUCUGUGUGCUAAUAGCCCUAGAGAUUAUACAAAACUUCCAGCAAAAUAUACAUCUCAUAUUAAAAGUGAUAAUCUUCAGGAAGAGGAUCAUCGUGGCUGGUAUCAUCGUAUAGAGAACAAUGGCUGGAGGCUUGUCUCUGAUACAUUUUGGGUGUCUCCUGAAAACGUAGAGGUGGGAGACAAAAAAGAAAGCGAAUUCCAUUUCUCUAAACUGAAGAGAAGGCAAGAUAUGGAAAAGAAAAGAAAAAUUAGAAAAAUAGAAUGGAUGAGGAAAAUGUACUAUACAGGAAGCCUAGAGGCCAGGUCAACAAAUGCUAAAACUCUAGGUUUAAUCCACACAGCAACGAAGGGGCUAAUGAGAGCUGUCGAAAUCGGUGGAAUAGAUUCGGUGAUGGAAUGGGAGGUGGAUGAAGUGCUCAACUGGACAAACACGCUGAACUUUGAUGAGUAUAUUGCCAACUGGAAGGAAAUUGCUACAAGCAACUCUUCAGCUAACUUCAAAAGUUUCCCAUUUGAGCAAGCACGUAAACGAGGAUACGACUGUGCAGAUAUAUCAGAGGAGAAAUUGGGAAUCCCAGAAGAUACUUUAGAUGGAAGUUUUUAUGAAAAACCAAAUUUUCCUAGACUAUCACCUGAUCUCACUUACGGAGUAUAAAGUUCUCCGCUUUCCUGAGCGGUAGCCCUUCACACCCCGACUCCAUCAGUUACUGUCGAGAGAUCGUUUACUCUGACUGGAAUGACUUGUGUGUUCUUGGCACAGAAUCUGUCUACCUCAAGUAAAUAAGGAAGCCUAAAGAGAAAUAAGACAUCAGACUCAAAACAACGGUCAUGAAAAUGUAGAAAUUAUUCCUUGUGUUCGAAGAAACUGCAGUAAUCUCACAGUCCCACGUAAAUAAAUACAUUUAGGUGCAAAAAAAAAAA